CUAGUGCAGAAACUAUCUGCCUAACUAAUGAGUGGAUCAGAUCCUGCUGAUGAUAGAGCAGACAAUAGAAGACUUACACGUGCAGAUGCACUAAGGGUUCCGCACGUGUUCAGGACCUUGGACGAGGGAGAAGAAAGACGACUUUGUGCCGAACGUAGAGCCCGUGCUCUAGCAGCAGGACUACAGGAAGCAAACAGAGUAGCAAGAGAGCGGGCAACAGCAGCCAGAGCAACAGCAAUGGCUAACGGUACCAGCUCUGCUGCGUCAUCAUCUGCGUCCUCGUCAGGGAAUAGUGGGACUCAGUUGGGAAUGCCAACGAGUUCCACGAGUUCCUCGGGCACUUCCAGUUCAACAGGGUCUAGACAGUCUUCCAGUCAAAUGGUGGGUUUGCAGUUCAGCCCGUUGACCCCGUGUGAGAGGGAGCUCAGAGAGAUCCAACAGGUCGAGAGGCUCCGCCAGCAGUUAGAGGAGGAUCUGAAGAAAGCAACCGAUAGAGAAAAAGAGAUAAAAAGUAGAGCAGCCAGACUUGAUACGUUAGAAGCUGACAAGGCUGCGUUAGAGGGAUUGGACGAAUCAAGUUUAUCUGACCCCCUGAAAGUGUUGAGGGACAACAUGUUGUCACUGCAUGCGCACGUGGACAGCAGGAUGGACUUCAUGCAAAGCACUUUGGACCAGAUCCUGGAUGCAUUGACAAAGCCAGGAUUCCGGCCACCAGCACAAUCGCCAUUGCUGUUAACCGCAGCAGCACAAGCUGGCACACAACCAAGUGGCACAUCCGCCGCAGCAGCACAGACUAUUGCAUAUUCUUCUUCGGGUCCAGUGGUGAUUGCUACAUCACCACAACAACCUGUUCAGUCAACUGGACAGCCGCAAGGUCAAUGGUAUCCAAAGACCCCAAUGAAACCACCUCUUGCCUUCUCAGGCGAGAGAAAGGACGAGGAACUCAACACAUGGUUGAGGACAGUCCCGGUUUGGGUGAAGGCCAAGAGGACCUUGCCUGAGGACGAAGUGGUAACUGCGGCGUCUUACCUUGAGGGUAAGGCAGCCAAGUGGUUAGAUGGUGUAGUUGUGAAGGCCGGGUACGGGAGACGCAUGGCGGAUUGGGCUAAGUCUUUGACUUUAGACCAAUUCAUGGAGAUGGUAGAAGCUCGAUGCAUAACCCACAGGAAGCUCAAAGGGCCACUGAUGCCAUUAACAAGCUGGACCAACGCAAGUUCAGAUGUGUCUAAGGCCUUAGAAGACUCUGAAGGCGAGUGGUCAAACAAGGACCCUCACGAGUUUUGGGUGGCGCUAAAGAAGGGUCCUAGAGGGGAACAUUUCGUGGUGGAAGUGGAUGUAGGAGGCCGCAAAUGUGGAGCCUUCAUAGACAACGGAUCCACGCGAAAUUACAUAAGUCGCGAUUGUUUGGAAAGGCUGCACCUACAGGACCGGGUACGGCACCUUAGUAGACCAGUAGCAUCUACUUUGGCCAACAAAGAGCGCAUGAUUGUCACAGACUACAUCAAGGACAUAGUUUGUACCUUCUCCAAUGGAGGAGGAGAGCUUAACCAUAAGAUCUCGUUCUUGGUUAGCGACGACUUGCCAUUCGAAAUGUUGUUAGGCAUGUACUACCUUGAAGUUGCUAAGCCCCAGUUCGACUGGGAUAAGAAGGUGCUCAAGCAAAAGUUGCCCGAUGGCCGAACCGUCAGAUUGACUAAGUUCAAGGCCAGCCGUAUUGUAGAUACCUAUGGUUGCUUGUGUGCAUCAGCAUUCUACAACUAUUACAAGCAAAACAAAGAGGAGGGUAUGUACCUUGUUUAUGUCUCUGAGAAGGGGGAGGCCGUUAAAUCACCCCCAGAGAUAGAACGCGUCGUUGCUAAGUUCCCUGAUCUGUUCGAGGAGCCCACAGGAGUUGUUGAUAGGGAAGUCGUCCACGCUAUAGAAAUCAUUCCAGGGAGUAAAACCCCAAAGGGGAGGAUCUAUAGGAUGGCCCCUGCCGAGUUAGAUGAACUUCGGAAGCAACUCAAGGAGCUGACAGAGAAGGGAUGGAUUCGGCCUAGUACUUCCCCUUACGGAUCACCCGUGCUAUUCGUACCGAAGAAGGGGGGUACUUUGAGGAUGUGCAUUGAUUAUAGGGGCCUCAAUGUCAUCACGGUGAAAAACGCAGAGCCUCUACCUCGCAUAGACGACCUACUGGAUAGGCUGCAGGGAUGCAAGUACUAUACAAAGAUAGACUUGAAAUCUGGAUAUCACCAGAUCGCAAUAAGACCUGAGGACCAACACAAGAUAGCUUUUCAAACUCGUUAUGGUCUGUAUGAGUUUGUAGUGAUGCCUUUUGGUCUUUGCAAUGCGCCGGGUACAUUCCAGCACGCUAUGAAUCGGAUCUUCCAUGACCAUUUAGAUAAGUUUGUCGUAGUCUAUCUAGACGACAUUCUGAUCUUUAGUAAGUCUGUCGAGGAGCACGCACAGCAUGUUGAGACAGUACUCUCACUCCUACGACAGCACAAGUAUAAGGUCAACUUAGAGAAGUGCGAGUUUGGCCGCACUAAGAUACUAUACUUGGGUCACGAAGUAUCCGCGGAAGGGAUUAGGCCGGAAGAUGCGAAGGUGGCUAGUAUUCGAGACUGGCCACGACCUCAGACAGUCACUGAGGUCAGAUCAUUCUUAGGAAUGUGUGGCUACAAUAGGAACUUCGUCUUUUGGGAAGGUUCUUCUAUCUGAGGACUGAUCAUCAGACCCUCAAAUGGAUCAAGACUCAACCGGCUCUUUCUGAUGCACUCAAGCGAUGGAUUGAGGUCAUAG